AUGGAUGUGCUGCCUGUCCACCUUCUCACUGCGCCGUGCCCAAGCGAGCUCCCAGUGUCCAUGUCAUCCCGGGCUCGGCUGUGGGAGAGGCGGGCCGGUGAGAGGGGGUCCGCGGGGGGGGAUCAGAGAGGCAGCGUUCCGGGAAGUGGGUUUGAGAAGCUGCAGGGAGAGGAGAGCGUACACGGACACGCACACACACAGGCGGAGAGAGGGUCCGGGCGGUGUCCCACGGUCCACAGAGAGUCACGGCAGCUGGAUCUCUGA